UUGGGAUGCAAGGAUUGUGAAGUGCUUCUGAGCAAGAUUUUCAUUGAACUCCUUUAUUUCUCUCACGGAGAACACUGAGCAGCAACUUAGAACUUCUCAAUUUUGCAAGCAAAAGAUGAUGUGUUCAUCAGUCAUUGAAAUGCAUGUGGCUUUGAUUGGGAUGACGGGUUGCGGGAAAUCGGCUUUGGCAGUGAAAUACAUAGCGCGUCGGUUCAUUGGCGAGUAUGAUCCAAACCUUGAAGAUACUUACUGUCGUCAAGAUGUUUUACUCUCGCAACCAGUGGUCGUUUGGUUGAUGGAUACAGUGGAUGGUUCAGGACGGGAUGCGAUGCGUUACCUUUCGUGGGCUGAUGUUUACAUCGUUGUAUAUGACAUAACAUCACAACUGUCUCUGCAGUACGCAGAAUCGACAAUGCAGCAGAUUGCGGCCCACGAACAUCAUCUUUGCUCACGGCAACAUAAAUGUUUACUUGUAGGGAAUAAGACUGAUCUUGAACGCUACCGGCAGGUGAGUGAAUCAGAUGGUGAAAAGCUAGCGAAACGGUUUGGUGUGAUGUUCGGUGAGAUCUCAGCUGUAGAUGAAUGGGAACGAGUUGCUGCGCUCUUCAGACGUCCAAUCGCAGUGCUUUUAACUGAUCGAUCCAAAAGACGUAGUCCUUCUCCACGACUUUGUUCUUCCGAUUCUGAAAUCGCUUCUUCGAUGAAUAAAAAUGCUUUCUCAAUGAAAAAUUCUGGUCGUUCCGGUACAUUCGGUCUUCGUUCGAAGAGCCCAAAAGGAGUUGACAUGGUCAAAAUGCCCUCUUCAAAAAAAAGUGGCCACAAGUUGUUGAAACUGUUCCAUAACUGAGAUUGCUCGCGUUCUGUGCAUGAUGAUCUUGAGAUUUUUAUCUUUUUGAAGCGUUUGUUUAAUAGCAAAGGGAAUCAAAUUAUUGUCUAGUUUACUUGAGAAAGCAUUGUUGACAUUCAGUGUUAUCGUGAAAGGAUAUGAAUAAAAUCAAAAAUUAAAACAGGUACAUCCCUUAGAUUUCCUUUUAUUAUCUUUUUCUCUAGCCUGAUGUUUCGCCGAAUAAAUUUCGAC